AGUAACUCAUCCAUUACUCAGUGCUGCAAAUUGUAUACAAAAUGGCUGACUUUGGAUAUCAAAGAAGAAAACUAGUGAGUUUAUUAUCAUUUAAUCCAUAUUUAAGCAAAGAAGGUUAUAUUUAACAAUAUUUGAAUUACAAUAUAAAUAUUGCAAGCUUAUUUUGAAGUUCAAAACUAAUUUUAUUUACGCUUUAUUGCUUUACUUUAAGCAGUUAAUGUUUCAACUUUCAUGUUGCAACUUGCAUUUCAUUAACUAACUUAGACUUAGAGUUACUAAGAAUAAGAGUUGAGUUUAUUAUUUGCUAUUAGAAUUUUAAACGCUGCAAUAAAAUUCACUUAGGCCUAAGUAACAAUGACUUAAAUCUAACAUUGGGUAAUCUAAUAUUUCAGCCUCGGUUAUGAAAAAAAUCGCGUUGUUCUGGUUUGAAUUUGAAGUGCUUUUAAAAGGUUAUUCUUUUAUUUAUGUCUGUUAAUAGUACAGUGGAGAGGACCACUGAAUUUUUGGUAGCAUAGAAAGAGAGAGUGAGUGCUAUUUUCUUGUUGAGGUGCCAUGCCAAUGGGCAAUCACAUUAGGGGAGGCUCACUUAUUGAUAUUGUAUCAGACGGAUGGGCGGCUUAUGCAAACAUAAACCAAAUCAGACUUAGAAACUAUGAACACUCAGUUGUUUUUCAUCAAAAAAAUUUAUUCAAUCCACACACAGACUGUUCAAAAUAUUUGGAUGCACACAAAGCGCAAACUGAAGAAACAGUUUGACACAAGCAGGCAUCUUUUCCCUUCAUUUGAGAUGAAAUAAACUCAAAAUCUGUUUUCUUUUCAUACAAUAAAUUGUUUAGAUAUUUCUAUUUUAAAAAUGUUGUCUUUUUUAUAUCUGCUGAAAUGAAUACCGGUAUGUGCAAUGUCAUAAAAAAAAUUACCUACCUUUUAUUGUAGUAUAAUACCGGUAUGUACAAUGUCAUAAAAAAAAUUAAAGCAAUAACCGUUUAAGUACCACUUCAAACCAAAACCACAUGAUUUUUUCAUAACCGACUCUCAAGUGAUACACUACCUUUUAUUGUAGUAUAGAACCUUAUAAUUAGUUUAGUAUAAAUGUUCAGUAAAUUCCAACUGUAAAUUGCUUGGACCGUUAGGAGGGUAUAAUUCUGACUAAGUAGUAAAACUAUUUAACAAUUUUUACUGAUAAAUAACCAUUUAAUAAUAUGAUUUUAAUUGUUAUUCUUGUAUGGAAAGCUAAUGAGCUAAUAAAAUCUUAAAAUAUACAAUCCUUCUAUAUUUAAGGUUACUAUUUGUCUUAUUUUUACCAGUUCAGUACUAGGUUUUAAACCUGAUUACUCAUGAGCUAUAACCAGUACAGUUAAAGACUACAAAAUUAAAUAUUAAUUAAAAUGAUAAAAUAAAUAGGCCUCCUCAUUAUGUCAUUGCAUUAUUUAAAUUUGAUAACUUUUAUAUUAUUUCUGAUUUUUACUGCAACAAUCCCUCUUUAACCCUUUCAGCAUUAGUAGAUUACCUUAAUUGUGUGUGCUGAACAUUUCUGUCUAUGUAUUUUCAUUGUUUUUAAUGGUAGUAAUUUUAUUGCUGCUAAUGUAAAAAGAAAUAAACAUGCUACAAGUUAAAAUAAGAGCAUGGUAGAUAGGAAAGCUCCAGCAUGAAAUAAAGGUUCAAAUUAGAGAUUUUGAAAAAUAGCACAUUGUAUUCAUUAAAUACAAUGAAAACUAUAUGAUUUUUUUUUAAAAUCAGGAUUACCUGCCUGAUGAUGACUUCCAAUACAGUGAUACUUUACAAGAGGACUCUAAGGUAGAUGAUAUAAAUAAUCAUGAAAAAACUGCAAUGAAUGUAAAAAAAACGUAUUCGUUUCUAAUUUUAUGUAAUAUUGUUUCUUGGUGUCGAGCGAUUGUAGAAAAAUAUUUGUAUUAUUUAGUUAAGCUUUUAACAAAAAUUAUUUAAAACAGGAAGAGAUUCGUGAAUGGAUGGAUGUUAACAGAAAGCUUCGCAGGCAUGGGAUGGAGUCUGUUCGAGUCUUUUCAUCACAAGAUGUUGCAUUAAGUUCAGGUUCAGAAUGAUUUUUUUUGUGCAAAUAUUUUGUAGAGAGUUCAAUGGUUUGAUAAAAAUGUUUUUAUUUAUUAUCCAUUGAAUGUAGAUUACCUUUGAAUGAGAACUUUAUUUUUUAAAAGAAUAAGAUAUUUGAUGUGUUUUUAUGCUGGGUUUAUUUCCAGUUUUAUUUGAAAAAUGCUGACAAGUUUAGAGUUUACUUGUUAAAUUUUUUCUGUACUGUUAAAAGAAGCAGACCUGUUUACCCUCAAACUCUUAAAAUCGUAGAGUAUCAUCACAAAAUCGUUCAAUACGUUAUAUUUAUAGUAAAAAAUUAACAGUAUAUACAAUCUAUGCGCCUAAAAAUCGUACAUUGUACGCCAAAAUCGUAAGAGUAAACAGGUCUGAAGAAGAAUGAUAAAAUAUUUUAUUUUAAUUUAAAUUAAAUAUAAAGAAAAGAUUAAUUUUAUUUUUAAAAAAAAAUUAAUUAAAGAUUUUGUAUUCAGUUAUUUGGUUUUAACUUGUCCAAAAAAGAUUAUUAAAAAAAUUGUCAACAAUUUUCUAUAAAAGAUCUAAAAAAUUACUUAAAAGUUGUCAUUUGUAGAAUUUUGCAAAAUAACAUAAGUCUCCCCUUAAAGUUUAAAAGCAAGUGUUACUUAAAAUAUCUAACCACAAAAUUUACUUUUAGACACCUAAAACAAUUUUUUAGAAUAUAAUAUUCUAGGAAGCAUGUGAAAAUUAAAAAAUAUCUUUCAGUUAGCUUAGUUAGCAUAAUAACAACAUGUUAUGUAAUAUGCAGUUGAUACCAUUAUUAUAUAUUUUACAACAUAUUCUUUCAAUUAUUUUAGAAAUUAAUUGUUUAAUAUAAUUUUUCAGGUCGUUAUAUUUGUAUAGACUUAGAAGCAAGCCAGUCUCUAAGGACAGCUGUUAUCUCUCUAAUCUCAGAGAUUGAAAAGAAAGAAAACGUAAUGCAGGAGGUCCUGUUAACCAAUUCCCAGCUACAGUAAGUUAAUCUCCUAAUUUGUUUUAUAAUGCAAGAAAAUAAUUCCUGAUAUUAUCUACAUUGUUUGUCAGUCAACUCGCCAAGGACCACUUUAAUCAUCUGAUUCUAUGUUGCUCGGAAUGAUUCUAUCUCGCUAUGUGCAGGUCGGUGAUGUUAACAAUUCUGCCACAUAAUUUUCUUGUGCAGCAAUUACCAGGGAUAGAUGGGAUAUUUCCAGCUGCAGUGGUGACCUGGGCUUUUCUGGAUGAUCUUUUUUGUUCUGUGGCAGCUGCUCUGUUUGUUCAUGUUGCAUUGAGCUGUUUUGCACCAACGAGCACGAAGGAGCUUAAUCCUUUGCCUUGUUUCCACGUGUCUAGGUUUCUGUGGAAGGCUCUUAGGGUUCUUUCAUGUGUUUCUUCUGACCACCAGCAUUAAAAUAGUUUAGAAGCUGGUUAGACCUGCCUGUGCCAGUAGCUCAGUGUCUGGGAACCACCAGCAAACCACAGCAUUAAAAUAGUUUAGAGGCUGGUUAGACCUGCCUGUGCCAGUAGCUCAGUGUCUGGGAACCACCAGCAUACCACAGCAUUAAAAUAGUUUAGAGGCUGGUUAGACCUGCCUGUGCCAGUAGCUCAGUGUCUGGGAACCACCAGCAUACCACAGCAUUAAAAUAGUUUAGAGGCUGGUUAGACCUGCCUGUGCCAGUAGCUCAGCGUCUGGGAACCACCAGCAUACCACUGCAUGUAAAUAGUUUAGAAGCUGGUUAGACCUGCCUGUGCCAGUAGCUCAGUGUCUGGGACCUUGUCCUUCCAUUUACAUGUAUACAUAAUUAGCAUGAGUCAAAUAUGGUCAAGUUAAACUUAAAACUUAUUGUUACGUACCGCUAUAAUGUAGAAAAUUGAAUCUCUUAUUUUACUCUAUGGCUCAUGUCAAACAGUACAUAACAAAGGACGAUACCAUUAAUUUAAUACCGCAAUAAAGAACGAUACCCAAACUAGGGCUAUUUACAAUUAAUCAUUUAUUAAGUUAAUUUAAAAUUGCAAAGUCAGAAUAAAACUAAGGCUAUUGACUGCAGAACAGCAACGAACUUGUACUGGUAAAAAGGUGAAAAAGGUGCACACACACACACAAUAAAUAUUAUUAUACAAAUCUACAAUCAGUACUGUAUCGUAAAACGCUGUCUCUCUCUUUGUCUCGCAGUCUCUAUCUCGCUGUGUCAAUUUCUUUUUUAUAGUCUUUCUUAGAGACUUUUCCAGAAAAGGGUUCGGCAUUGUAUCUCAACCCGUCUCAUAAUUUCUAAAGAAUUCUAAUUAUAAAAAUUAUAGACUGUGUUUAUGUGUAGUCAAGAGAGAGAAUUUGUAAUUAAACCACACCCAUCGUCAUGCUCAGGUUCCCGAUGUAAACAAGACGCCUACUGUAACACUUAGCAAAACUGAUUUCUUAAUUUGAAACUUUAUAUAGAAGAAUCGGCUCAAAACCCUAAAAAUUAUUUCAAAAUACAAUACUCUGAUCAUGCUUAACUAGGGUAAUAAGGGGAGAGACUGCAAUCAGGUUAGCACUAUAUAAAAUGAGUAACCCUUGUUUUGUUGCGUUCCUUUUUUCAUGUUUACCCCUACUUUGUUUUACUCAUUUUAUAUCAUGCUUAACUAAAAGGCACUUAGAUUUCAGACUAACUAGUUUUAGAAAUUUCAUAUAAAUAUUUAUGAAUAGAAAUUAAUGGUGCAAUCAGUGAAAUUUCCUUAUCAACACCAGGAACAGAAACAUUGCAAAUCCCAUCUACAUGCAUAGGAGCCAAAAUGAUCAAUAAAGUGAUCGUGGGCCCUAAAGAUAUAGAAGAAGAAGAACUAGAUAUUUAUUUAAAACUCACAUAACUUUUUGUUAAAUUAAGCCAUAUAUUAAGCCUUCACAUAUCACUUACCAGGAAAAAAGCAAGUCAGCUGAGCAAUGAAGUUGAAACAGCCAAUGCUAAGGCCAAAGACAUUAAAGUCAUGCUGGAAUGCUCAAGGGCUCGUGUGCAGGUGAGUGAUGACUAGAUUUAACAGCCACACAAAAAAGAUCUUCAUCACAGUGGCAAUGCAUCUCAGGAUUAUAUAAUAUUUUUUAAAGCUUUUAUAUCAAGGUAAUUAUUGAGUUUCUAAGCAUUUCUUUAUCUUAAGCAUAUAAUAUUUUAGUCUAUAUUAGUUUUAGACAAGUUUUGUACAUGUUAUUGCGAGACUUUACAUAUUAUAUGAGUAUAAUAUAUCGUUUACCAGUACGGUAAUUUAAAAAAUUCGUACACACACUUAUAAAGUGACCCCUUACUUUUAAGUAGAUUAAUGAGACACAAACAAUUUAUGUAAAUAAAACAAUAUAGAUUAAGCUUUAAUAAUGAUUAAAUAUAAUACAAAUGAAAAAGCUUUUCGGCAAAUGCCUUCAUCAGUACAACAACAAAAUUAAUAUAAGUAUAAAUUAAACUGCAUGCAAGUAAUACACCUGAUAGAAUGUAUAUGCAGAAUAAAUUACUAAAAAGAUUUGGUACUUUGACUCAAUACGGCAUAAACCAAAUUCACAAUUUUACAUAUCUGCAAUGUCUUUUUUUUCGUCUAUUUUAAAUUUUACUUCCACCCACUUCCUUUCUGUUUUUCUGGGCUUUGUUUUCUUUAGGGACUUGCGCCCAUUCUUAUUCUUUUCUCUCAUUGCUAGGCAGGAUACAUAUUUAUAUAUUACGUAAAUUUAAUUUGUAUCUCAUUUAUCAACUUAAAAGCUUUCUCUUAGUUCAACACUCUCUUAAUUAAUUGAUACUUUUAAGUACCGGUAGCAUGUUUUACCCAUACUUUCUUGCAUAAUGUGUGGUAACUAUAAGAUAAGUCAGGGUAGGAAAUUUCUCUCAACAGGAAUUGGAAGAAGAUAGAUCUCGAUCAAAUUCUAGAUUUGCAGAAGAGGGGGAGAGAUUAAAGAACACAAAAUCAUCCAUGGCAUCAUCGUGCCGUCAGUUGGAAGCUAAAGUGGCAGAGCAAGAAAAAGAGUUGGAGAGAUUGCAUAGAGAGGUCCUAUCUUAUUCUCAAGAGGUAAACAAUUGCUACUAUUUAUAAAUUUUUCCCUUGGUUCCAUUUGUGUCAAAUUGAGGGUUACCCUCCCACCACUCACAUUUUUAUUAUUUUUCCAAUUAGAUUUUUCUGCAAUAUUGUACAACGUAUUAUGAACCUAAUAUAAUAUAUGUUUCAUUUUAAUCUUAAAGAAUAAAACUACAUUUUCUUAUGGUUCUUAUGGAAUUUAAAUCAAUUAGCCCUUAAACAUAAAUCUUUUAUAAAUAUUAAUCCCAUAUUUAUUUUUUAAAAUAAAUCAAAAUAAAUCCUAUUAAGUAACACUUUUUUAAUACCUCAAGGAGGAGCGGAGGAACCAGCGUAAUAAAAAAGCAUUUACAGAAUUUAAACAUAGGCCGUACAGGGCUAAUUCAGCUGUGGAUCAGAAGUAAGUGAUAUUUAAUCACUGUCAAGAGUACGCUUUUUACCCUAUUAAAUUCAGGUAACUAAAUGGCAUCUCUACAUUUGCAUAUGCUCUGGUAUUGUGGUUUGGUUCAGUAGGGUUUGGUUUUGCAUUAUUUGUGCAUAUGGGGAGAGAUUCUCCAACAAUCUGCAUCCAAAACAAAAUAAAUGAAAUUUAUAGAACCUAAAUAUAAUAUCAAAAUAAAACUAUCUUUGUAACAGAUUGCAGAUCUGCCCAAUGACAUGUUAGUAACUUUACCCCAAGCCUUAUUCAAAGUGCUAAUGUAACUUGUUUUAUGUAAUUAGCUGUUUUAGUUGCUAUUUAAAAUUAUGUAAAUUUCCUGUUUUAAAUAAUUUAAAAACAUUCUUAGAAAUUUACAUUUUUUCCCAGGAUUUCCUCACAAAAUGUGAGGUUUUUUUCUCUUGAAAGUGGAAUAGAUCUACAUUUUUAAUCCUUGUAUGUUAAAAAGAAAUCAAUAAUUGUAAAGCAAUAACUAUUUAUUAAAGAUGUCAUGAAAGUAUAAAAUGUCAGAACAAAAUAUUUUAUUUAGUCUAUAUUUUUAAAAUUCAACUGACAGUUUUUACCAGAAAAAUGUUUCGUUUGUUUAGGGCUUUAACUUAAGUCAUGGACAUCAAUCGGAAAAUUCCUUGUUUUUAAGUUUAAGUAGAUUGGUUGAUACAAGGGAAAAAAAGUAUACAUUUUGUGAUAGAAUAAUUUGAGAUAAUUUAAGUUGCAUUCAUAAACUGUCUAGUCUGGUCAUAUACAGCUUAUUGCACAAUUACUUAUAAAAUAUUAUUAAUAAUAUUAUGCAACUGCUGAACUUAAUUAUAUGCAUUCAGCCAUUCAAAGUAAAAUCUUAAAAUAGAUAAUCUUUUUUCUUUGUUUGGAUGCAGCUAAUUAGUUUGUAUGCUAAUAAGGGACGGUGUCUGAAAAUGUACAAGUUGCACUUGGGGGUGGGGAGUAUACGAAUGGAAAGAUAAUCAAUUUGAAUGUAAUAACUUUACAAAAAUUAUUUUUAUUUGUAGCAUUGCUACUUAUUUCACGAGAGUGAGAAUAUUUAGAAAAUUAAGUUUCUUAUUAAGAAGAACAAAAUUACUGUUGUUGACCAAUAGAUUCACAAAUAUUGUGUUCUUGAAAAAAAAAUAUCUUAAAUUUAUUCCCAUAAACUUAUCCUACUGUGAUGUUACCCAGUGGCAGCACUUACAGGUCUGCAUAUUAUGCUUGCUGCCUACGAAACAAACUGUAAGGAGUUCAAAAAUUAGAAUUUCAGAUCUAAAUGUGCACACAUUUAAAUUUUGGUUUAAGAUUCAAAUCACAAUUUACUUGAAAUGUAAUAUAUUUGGUUAAGUUCAUGAGCCUUUAAUUAAUUUUUUUUUAGUUUAAAUUUUAAUUUAAACGUUUUAUAACCCGGGGUCUCAAAGUCAAACCAACUACUUUUAGGCUGCAUCAUACUUAAAUAUAUUAUCAUCAAACCUUUUCUUAUUACAUUACCAGAGACCUAUCAGCUGGAUGUAUAAAAGCUAAAAAUGAGUUUUGAGACCCUUUUAUAGUAAUAGACUAAGCAUUUGCCCAGUUCAGCCCAUAAUUCCUAAGUUUAAGGUUAAAUGUGCCAAAAUCUAGAAGAAAAAUUAUACUCUUUUAUUGAUUUUAAUUAUUCACUGACUUUACAAAUAUAUUUAAAGUAAAUCACCAGAAUAACAUGCUAAAAUAUCAAACGUUGUUUUAGUCAUUAGUUUGAAAUAGAAUUAUGCUUUUAUUUCACUAACAAUUUUAUAGUUUCUGCCGGUAAAUUCAAGUUUUUCAUCUCUUUUAUCAAAAUUGAUUCAGCUAUUUUAAUAUGCCUUAUAAUCAAUGCACUGAGAUUAUUGUAUUCCAUGUAGAGUUGGAACUGUUCAAAAUGUAAAGCACUUUUAAUCUACAGCUCUAAUUUUGAUUGAAGUGAAAUAUUUGAAAAGAAGAUGUGGCUUUGAUAAAUUUUAUUUAAACUGAAAGGAAAUAAAAAACAAAAAAAAAAACAACCAAAAAAAAAGAAUAAAUGUGUAUGUUUCAUGCAUUUCUUUCAAUGAAAUGCUAAUUACAUAUUUUUGGAUAGUUUCAUAUAUUAUACUUCUUUUUUUUGCUUUUUAAAAACUAUUUUGUAGAUUACUGGACUUGAUAGAUUCUUACGAAAAGCAGAUCCAUAUCCUGCAGAAGGAACUUGAUGAUAACAGGUGAUAAGCAGUUUUGACUGGUUUUGAUAACUGCUUUUAAUAAUGCAGGCUUGUGACUUUGGGGUCAGGAGUGGCUGAGACAAUACUUGUAAUAAUAGUGGGUGUGGUGUGUCUAUGGGAGCAGGAGUGGGUGAGACAAUAAUUGUAAUAAUAGUGGGUUGUGUCUAACUAUGGGGGCAGAAGUGGGUGAGACAAUACUUUUAAAAAAGCUUGGUUUUGUCUAUCAGGGCUGAGACAAUGCUUUGCUCAAAUUUGUAGAUUCUCAGCUGUUGACAAGGUUUAUUAAACUUCUCUUCUAAAAAUGUUUUGGGCUCUUUAGAUCCAGAAUUAUUUUCUCUUAUGCAGGUCACAUAACUGACUGACCACCCUUGAGAUAAGGAAUUUUUUUUUAAAAGUCGCCACACUCCACUAAUAAUAAUUUAUUUAUAAUUAUUUAUGUCAUUUCAUUUAAUAUACAUCUAAAAAGGGUCUUUAAGGUAGUGUCGAUUUUUUUCUACAAAUGAAAAACAAAAAUUGAAAUUUUUAAGAAAAAAAAAACAACCUCUGUUCUAAAUAGUGUGAUUAAACAAUAUCUUUAUUAGAUGAAAUACGUUCUUCCUCAAAGAGGUAAUGUUGGAACAAGUUUAGAUUAUUUAAUAAAUGUACAUUGUUUAAAAGAGCUAAAAUCACUUGAGUAUAUUCAACAACUCUAAUCUUUUUCACCUUCAAGGCUUGGAGAAGUUUCUUCUGAUUUUGAAGACCACUCACAGUCAAAUAAUAAUGUAAAAGAUAUUAAUAAGGUAAAAAAUAAAUAUAUUUGUCUAUUUCUGUUUUUUAUUUAUAUGGCACAAAUAAAACCUUUUUUUUUUUUGCUUGCCUGAUAUAUAUUCAUUUAAUUUAUUUUUUAUUGAAGUCUAGAUUUUAAUUAAAGCUGUUAAAAUAUUUACUAACCAAUCUUAAGGCAAAAAAUGUGAUCCAUUUUGGCAUUAAUGCUUCCAAAAUUAGUUUAAUUACUUUGUUCACAUAAACUUUUAAAAAUUAAAACUAAAUAAUAAAUUUUGUCACAGGGAAGUCUUAGUUUUUUUUAAAUAUUACAUUUUUUUGUCUGCUCUUUUCUUUGUUUGCAGUUAUAUGAAAAGCAGCUGAGGGAAAAAGAAAAAAAAAUUAAGUUGUUAGAAGAAGAGAAUAAAAUGUUGAAGCGAGACUUUGGUUCAAAGUGAGUCUGGCAUCAUGAAAUUUAUAAGGAAUUAUAUAGGGUUAUGUAUGGAAAUAUGUAUAAUUAUAGGGAAAUAUAUACUAAUAUAAUGAGUUUGCAGAUAACUAGUGCGACAGAGACAUAAACUGUGUCUAUUCUGGUCAUAUGCAGCUUAAUGCACAAUUAAUUAUUAAAUAUUAUUAAUAAUAUUAUGCAACUGCUGAAUUGUGAGAUAUAUAGAUUUUUUUAAAAUGCUCUAGUUAAACUAAUAGUUUCUUUAUGUGUGUGAUUUUUGAACAGGUAUGAAAUUAAAGACUACAGACUGCAAUCUCUUAGAGUUAAGAAGCUGGAGAAUUUGCUUCAACUCCAUAACAUCAGGUAAUGGGCACAGAUGUACAAAUAGAACCAAUGUGGAAUAUAGACAAAAUGUUGGUUUAUUAUUUGGUUUGAAGCAGAGUUUCAUAUAAAAAAAUAUUGUUGGCUGAAUUUUAAAAGAUUCCCCAACAAAUAAACAAAAAUAAAAAUGAAUGUCAAAGUUUUAUUCAGUUUUUUGCUUGUUUUAUAAACAAUAUUAAAAAAAACCAACCUAUGUGUAAUGUCUGAUUGCUAAUGUUUUGCAAUUAUUUUGCUAAUAAAAAAAAUUCUUACGCUACAUCCAAAGCUUUUUUUCCCCCUUCAAUAACUUUUACAUUGAGUUUAUAAUUACAUCAAAGUAGAGAUUAUAUUAAAACUUGUGAAUUUAUCAGUCAACAUUUAUUUUUGAGGACUAGCUCAGCUGUAAAUCUUGGCAGCUUGGUUUCAUUAAAUUUUACUUUUCAGACACGGCCCCAUAGAAAAGUUUCAAUGGUAAUGCAUUAGCAUUUAGAAAUAUUUGGUCAGGCCUAGUUAUGUGAAUAUUUUCUGAAUUACCUCUUGAAAGCUAGUUGAAUCUCCAAUUAAGGUUGGGGUGUAGACCAAAAUUUGAUUCUUAGAAAUUUGAGGUUUAACAAAAAUAUUAACUUUUAAAUGCUUUUGUUCAGUAUACCUGGAGAGAAGGCAAGCAAAGAUCCUUUCAUCAGGAGAAAAAAAUUUAGCACUAAACUUGAAGACUUGGAAUAUUUACCAUUAGAGCCAUGUCAUCACUAUCUCAAGGUAUGGCUGAUAGCUUUACGCAGGUUUUUAAAAAGUUAUGUUCAUACAGAUGAACCUGAUUGCUCCUAACACCAGUUAUUUUAUUGAAAAAAAAUAAUAAUUUUAAAAAAAAAUUAUAUUAGUAAUAUUAUUACCUACCAGGAAAUUUGUAAAGAGCUUGAGACUGAAAAUUUGGAUUGUAUGAUUGCUGAAAUUCAGGAGUUGAAACGUGAAGGACACAGUUCUAACAGGUUUCAUGAGGUACACUCUUUUAUUUUGUUCUUUAAAUUGGCAGAUAUAUAAAGUUAUGUAACCUUAACAAAAAUGUAUUUAGAAAUGGUUAGUUAACUGUCUAAACCUUUCAAAAUAUAUGAAGUAUUUAGUCUAUUCUAGUUUUCAGUUACAAUGUGUUAUAUUUAAAAUUGAUCUCAUCUGUCAGUACUGCAAAGAGUUGGCUGACAUUGUGGGCCUGAAUGAAGGCAACCAUCGGAAUCGCUCUUGUAGACAUGAGAAAAAUCCAGCAACUUUACUCUGUGAUAGUAACAUGAGGUAUUACUUGGAGGUAAGCAGAGAUUAGGAUAAUCUCAAACUAUCCCCUUGGGCCAGUUGAGCAGCUAUUUCAUGUGUAGAAACAUUACUUAGAGAUAAGAUGAAGGAGAGAUAAGGAUAAUCUCAAACUGUUAACUGAUAUUGGGGACAGAUGAGUGGCUGUUCAUCUUUCAGAAAUUAAGACUCUCUAUUUCAAAUCUGGCCUGUUAAAAAAUGGCUGCUCUACUAUAACUAUAACUAUAACUCUAAUAAUAAAUCUAACAUAAAAAAUUAAAAAGCUCGCAUGCAAUCCUAAGCUGCUUGAAAACUGGAAUGAACCCCAUUUUAUUAUUCUAACUUCUGAUCCCAGUUAUUUUCCUUAUUAAAAUUGUUGUGAUUAAAAAUACAUAUUUUAAAAGCCAUUUUACCUUUGUUGUACAAGGUGGUUGAAAACUGGCAUAAAGACAUCUCAGCCUUGGGUGAGCUUCAAGAGGUCAUCAAUGAGCUGCUAGACAAGGUUGUCCCAUGGCUGAAAGCUCGCAUGAACCAAGACCACAGCGUUGAGGAGAUGGUGGAGCUUCUUGAGAGAGUCAUCCAUGCAGAAAAGAAUGAAGGAAAGAAGGUGGGACUGUAAAAUAAAUUGUCGGAAACCAACCUAGAAUUUAAUGAGUAUUUCUAGAUUUAUUCAGAGAUCAGAUAGUCUAAGGAUGCUCAGAAAAAAAAAAAACAACACAGUCAAAUCUUUAAAAGUGAAGCUAAUAAAAACUAGUAAUAUUUAUUUUAUAAUACAGUCCUGAGUUUCGUCACCAAAAGUAAUAAUCCAAACGGUGGUGUAGCCAUGGGUGGGACCAACUAUAUAGUAGUAGUAACCCAUUUGACUACCCUCAGUUUGGAACCUCGAGUGACUUCCCAUUAAUUGCUACACUGCUAAAUAUAUUAAACAGUAGGCUAUAAGUUAAAAGUUAAGCAUAACUUAAUCUGUCGAAACAAAACAAAACUAGCAUUUAAUUUUAACAAAUUGAUUCAAUGAAUUUAAAUAAAAGGUCUUACACAUGGAUGGAUUUUCUUAAACUAUUAUACAAACAUCGACACCAUUAUAAUUAGAGGCUAAAAUAGUUACAGUAUUCAAUUUAUUUGAGAAAACGCAGUUGAAUUCAGACUAAUACAAAAACUUUUUAACUCAGGUAAUGAUGGAAGAUGUAUCUAGAACUACAUUAGAACAUAUAGUCAGUCACUUCCAGACCUUGUUUGACAUCCCCAAAAUUUCUGGGGUCUUCCCUCGCAUGAAUGAGAUCUACCGGGUGCUUGGAGAGUCUAAGAAUGUAAUGAACACAUUGAAGAGUUUACUGGGCCUUGGUGAGUAGUGGCAUACCCUGUCCUUAAAGUUAAUGAAGUACAUCAGCAGAGCAGACAUUUGUAUACACCCACAUGUUUUGUGCAGAACAUAUUUUAAAAUUUAAAUUAACAACUAUCACAGCAAAACUUUUCAUCGUGUGUUAAGAAUGCAGUUUGUAUUAUUUUUGUUCUGUCUGUCAUUUUUGGAUAUUAAAAAAAUAAGUAGACCUCUGCAGUAUUUUCUUCAAAAAUUUCUCCUUUGUUAACUAACAUUAUAUAUUUACAAAUAUCCUCUAAAACGUAAACUAUUGAUGCAAUCCUUUCAAAAAACUGUGUGGUAUUGAGCACUGGUACUGGGACCAUGGUCCGACGCCGCGCCGCACCCCGCGCCCCGUCCGUUCCUCUACUUCGCUGUAAUCCUUUCAAAAAACUUGGUGGGAUUGAGCACUGGUACUGAGUAGGGUUUCAUGCCAUUAUGAUUAAUUCCCCCCCCCCCUCCCAGAGGCUGAUAUCCACACCUCAGCGCUGGUAGAUGCAGUGGGUAGAUUAUGUCAUGUCCACAACUCAACAACAGCCAAACAACUCAAGAAACUCCUUCAAACAGAUGAUUUAAAUGGGUGAGCUCAGAAGGUUAUUAACACUAACUCAGGGUUCUGUAACCUUUUGACCAAGUACGAGAGCUUACCAACUUUUAAAAAUAUAUUUUUAGAUGCAUUUUAUUAGUCAUUUUAUUUCUUUGGUCUUCUGCAUGCUGUUGAAAAUGUCUCUUGCGCUUUGUCUGGCUCAUUGCCAUGGCAUUCAUUAACUUAUCAACUUAGGCUUGAUGAUAGUCACAUAUUUUUUUUUUUUUACUUCUUAUUCUUAUAAAUUAUAAAGAACUUAAAGUUGUUUAAAGUUUUGAUGUUUGUUCUUCAAGGGUUGUUCGACGCUUAGAGGAGCACUCUGACUUUUUCCCAGCUUUCCACGGUGUAAUGCAUAAAUUAUUUGAAAUUUUAGGUAAGUGCUAAUAAGAGUUAUCAGAAACAAUACUUAAAUCAAGUCUUAUGAGAUGAAAUUCACACAAGCUUUUCUUUUUUGUAACAAUGACUUUUAAUAUUGAAAAUACUUGAUACAUUUCUCAAAGUGCUCUUUCAAAGUUCAGGCUGUUUCUCAUAACUUUACAACAGGAGAAAUGCAACUUAAUUUCAUCGUUCAUUUCAAAUCUUUUACUAUCUUUUUCCCAUUUUACACCAUUGAAGAAUCCGUCAAAAUCAAUAUUUCAUGUAUGGCAAUAUAUUAUAUUAUAUUGAUCCAAAAUUUUUAAAACUAUUUCUUUGUUAUCUCCGCUAAGAGUAGAUAUAUCUAUAUUAUAAAUUUUUGUUGUUGCCUGUCUCCACAGGUGUAGACAAGAUGGAUGAAAUCCUUCCAGCUGUGCGUGCACUCAAGUUGUUAGCUAAAUGAUUCAAUGGCAAAAAAUAAACUGUGUAAACAUAUUUCCUAAAAUAUGAAGUAAUUUUUUAAAAGCAUUGCUCACAAGUCAUUAAUAUUAAUUAGUAGUUCCUACCCUUUUAGCACCAUGAGCCCCCAAGUAUGACCACCUCAGGUAAAUAGAGCAUAUGCACAUGCUUUAUCUACCGGUAAUUAUUGUAAAGAUGCUAUAUUAUUAACAAAAGAAAUAGUUUGAUAUUUCUACUUCAUUAUUAUAACAUCUCAAUUUUUUAAAGUAAUUUUUAAAAAAUCUACACUUAGUUAAUGGACCAUAUCCUUAGUUGAAUACAGAAAUCUGCAAAUUCUAAAUGAGAAGUUUUAGAUUUUGGGAUCAAAUUGCCAAGUUAUAAAUAAAUUAAAUAAAUGAUUUUGUUAUUUAGGAACCCCGUCAUUUUUUUAAAAAGAGGAUCUUGCAGUACCUGUAUAAAAUGUCAUGGGGCCUGGCAGAGCUGAAUAUUUUAAAAUGUGAUAAAAUUAUUACGAAGUUACUAAACACUGAAGGUGUAUUCCUUUUUUUUUGUAACAGUAAUAGCAAGUAAGAGUAAAUGUAAGCAUAACUUUUAUUUGUUUGUAUGAUAUAGUAAUGUAAUAGUAUUAUAUUUUACAUCUUCCAAUAAACGUUGCUUGAAAACACACCCUCUGCCCCUUAGCCUCAUCCACUGGAAAGAAAUGGUAGCAGGCUUAAAUUAAAAUACCGGUAGCUCAUUUUCAAGGAUGAUCGCAUAAAAUAAUUUUGGCUCACUAUAAUACUGUCUUCCACCUAAAUUAAGUUACCUUCUUUUGCUAAAGUUAAGACCGAAAGGUAUAAAACUUCCUUUGUUCUCCAGUUCUGUACCACAGUGUUUACCAAAUCUAAGUCUAAGGAUCACUAAUGAAAUCAUUAUUGUCACUAAAUGAGUUCAUUGAUGGCUGAUUUCAAUGCAAGAGCAACACUUAAGAUGUAUGGUGUAUAAAUUGUUAUGAUUGUAAUAGGUCGUCUUGGUUAAAGUACCCGCAUGCAAUUAAUUAUGUGCUGAAACUGAAUAUGUACAAUGUAAAAAGUAAUUUAAAAAAAAAUAUAUCCAUUUCUGAGGAUCAAUGAAAGAAUCUUAUCUUAUAACUUAUAUUAUAUACAAAAUAGUACGCAUGAGUUGUUUUUAGUUUUUAUAUUAUAAAUAAAUAUUUUAGCAGUCUAUCAACUAAGAAGAAUUGUAUUCAAUUCAUGUCUAUCAUGUUUAACUGCCAAAUUUUUGGCAAGUUAAUAAAUGCUCAACUCAAACAA